CCACGAACAAUAACCAAUGCCUUUGCUUCUAUAAAUCUUAGCUUCAUAGUCAAGAUUUGGGCAUAGAGUUAUCAAAACUUCUCAAAUAAAAAAAGAUGGGAGAUAUGGAAGUGACAAUAAAGGAAGAAGUUAGAGCUGAAAUAAAGAUUUGGAAUUAUGUGUUAGGAUAUGUUAAAAUAGCUGUCGUUAAAUGUGCCAUUGAGCUUGGGAUUGCCGACGUUAUUGAAAACUAUGGAAGACCUAUGCCACUAUCCGAGCUAGCCACUGCCCUCCGAUGCGAACCGUCGCGUCUUCAUCGCAUUAUGAGGUUCAUGGUCCACGACCGAAUAUUCAAACAGGAACCCCUCAACCAACACACUGUAGGCUUCUCAUCGACGCCAUUGUCUCGUCUUUUGAUGAAAGGUGGACAAAAAUCCAUGGCUGCUUUGAUAUUGCUCAUGUCCAGCCCUACUUGCUUAGCACCCUGGCAUAGUCUUAGUGCUCGAGUCCUCGAAACCGGCAAUAAUAUCUCACCAUUUGAAGUAGCAAAUGGGAAAGAUCUAUGGAGCUACGCCGAGGCGAACCCCGACUUUAGAGAACUCUUUAACAACGCCAUGGGUUGCGAUGCUAGACUGACGGUGCAGGCGACAAUCGAAGGAUGUCCCGAAGUGUUCGACAGAGUCGAAAGCCUGGUCGAUGUCGGUGGUGGUAACGGGACUGCUUUGAGCCUUUUAGUCAAGGCAUUCCCAUGGAUUCGAGGCAUCAACUUUGAUCUUCCUCAUGUCGUCGCCGUUGCAGCAAAAUCCGAUAGCAUUGAAAACGUAGGAGGAGACAUGUUCAUGUCUAUCCCAAACGCCGACGCAGCGUUUCUCGUGUGGGUAUUGCAUGAUUGGGACGACGAGGAGUGCAUUAAAAUCCUAAAAAAAUGUCGAGAAGCCAUUCCAGAAGAUAAAGGGAAGGUUAUAAUCGUUGAAGCAGUUCUUGAAGAAGAUAAAGAAGGCGACGAGCUAGGUGACGUAGGGUUGAUGCUAGACACGGCGCUGAUGGCUAUUACAAAUAAAGGGAAAGAGAGGACCUUAAAGGAAUGGAGCUCUGUUCUUCGACAAUCUGGUUUUACACGAUUCAACGUUAAACCUACACAUGCAGUUCAAUCCGUCAUCGAAGCUUAUCCUUAGAAACAAAAAUUCUAUGGCUCUUCACAGUCGUUCAUCCACUACUACAAUAAAAACUUUGUUGCAUGAGAAAUGUUUUAGUUUUGGCUCAAAACAUCAGUCUUUUGUUGGAAUCAAUAAAUCUUGGUUUUGAGUGGUUUUCUUUAAA